CCAGCUUGUGGCAUGCCCAUGCUUGCCGCUGUGUAGCCUUCAGUCAACAACUUUGCACACUCUGCUGUGAACCCUCCUACCGGCAGACAGAUGGGGCCGGCUUUAUAUGCGGAAGUCUCAGUUCCGCUGAGUCCAGUUCACUUCACUGAGAACAGACGGACUAAAGUCACGCUUCUCAUCUGAACAUCAGACCCGGCUUCACAAGGCAAGGUGAAUCAUGAGCAGCAGCUACAGCGUCACACUGGCUGGCCCCGCCCCCUGGGGCUUCAGGCUGCAGGGAGGGAAGGACUUCUGUCUGCCCCUCACCAUCUCACGGCUCACUGAUGGAGGAAAGGCAGCCAGAGCAAAGAUGAGUAUUGGAGACGUCAUUCUGUCCAUCGAUGGCAUCUCCACAGACAGCAUGAAUCACCUGGAGGCCCAGAACAAGAUAAAGGCCUGCACAGACCAUCUCAGCCUCACUCUGCAGAGACCCUCCAGUGCCCCUAAAAAUGGAGUCCCUCGGGACGAACCUCAAGAAAUCAUAAAGCCUGUCCCGAUCACUCACCUCGCACCGAGCACCACAUACACCAGGCCAUCCAGUUCGCCCAGUCCUGCUUACAACAAGACUGCCAGGCCUUUUGGUGCUGGCAGUAGGGCAGUCACUGCUUCUCCCAUCCCAGACGCUCCCAAAGUAGCCACCAUCCCCUCUGCAUCAUCCGCUUUUACACCAGCUGCCCCUUCUCAACCACAGCCUCCAUUCCCGCUGAAGUCGAGCCCGGCACCCCCGGACUCAACUCCAGCCAGCUUAGUCCCAAAGCCCAGCUCUGGCCGCUCCCCAUUCACCUCACCAUACUCCUCUUCCUCCUCAUCUAACUCCUCCUCUCCAGCCAGAGUGACAGCCCCCCCUUCCCAUCCUAAUGUCCCACAGCCCUCCGUCUAUAACACCCCAAUCAACCUGUACUCCAGCAACAAUGCUUGUGAGGUGGCUAUUGGGCAGAGACGGGGUCUUUUGGAGAGCCAGGGGCUGUCGGAAAACUUCAAUGGGAAACCAUUUGAGGACCCUGAGAAUCACACGUCCCCACUCAGUGAUUCCAGCAAGAAGCGUCUGAUUGAGGACACGGAGGACUGGCACCCGAGAACCGGCACCUCCCAGUCCCGCUCCUUCCGUAUUCUGGCCCAGCUCACCGGCACUGAAAAUGAACAAGUUCCAGAAAACAGUGGGAAGAAUGAGGCAGUUGACAUCACUGCUCCAGCUGUGCACACCUCGCCUGCAGCAAAAACAUUUUCCAAAUCUGCCGCAGCACCCAAAAACGGCAGCUUCAUCCCUGCAUCCUCGUACAAAAGCCCGGCGGCCCAGAACAAGCCUUCCUACCAGCCCGGGGGUCCAACAGGUUUUCCUAAGGGUGGAGCAGUUCCUUCAUUCGGCAAAGUUACUAACCUGACUCCUAAAGGUCCAGACCGUCCCACCCCACAGCCACACCCACAGGACCUCAACUCUCUGGUGCAGCGGGCGGAGCACAUCCCAGCUGGCACCCGCACCCCGAUGUGCAACAAGUGCAACAGUGUCAUCAGGGGGCCUUUCCUCGUGGCCAUGGGCAUGUCGUGGCACCCUGAGGAGUUCAACUGUGAUCACUGCCAUUCCUCCCUGGUAGAACACGGCUUUGUGGAGGAGAAAGGCCAGGUGUACUGUGCAAACUGCUACGAGCAGUUCUUCGCUCCCACCUGUGGCUGCUGCAACCAGAAGAUUCUGGGGGAGGUUAUGAAUGCUCUGAAACAGACCUGGCACGUGUCCUGUUUUGUCUGUGCCGCCUGCUACCAGCCAAUCAAAGGCAACAUGUUCCACAUGGAGGACGGACAGCCGUACUGUGAACAAGACUACUACAGGCUGUUCGGGACCAACUGCCACGGCUGUGACUUCCCCAUCGAGGCGGGGGAUAAGUUCCUGGAGGCUUUAGGAUUCACCUGGCAUGACACCUGCUUCGUGUGCGCGGUCUGCUCCACUAGUCUCGAAGGUCAGGCAUUCUUCUCCAAGAAAGACAAGGCUCUGUGCAAGAAACAUGCUCACACUGUCAACAUCUGACCUGCUGCCAUGAACAGCGAUGGGGAAGGGUUUACAGCAGUGUAUAGAUCAGUAAGAUAGUUUCUGAAUUCAAACUUUGUAUUCUGGUAACAUUGGGUAAGAGGUUCCACUAUAAGCUUUAUCUUUGCUUUAACAUUGUUGUCAUACAGUAUGCAGGAGUACGCUGCUAGAUAAGUAUCUGCGCCAGAGGUUUUGUUCCCCCAAAUGAAUAAUUAGUGCUCAGCUUUUUACGAGGCCUGAGGUGACUUAAGCCCUUUUGCGUCACACAGUACAAGAUAGUUCACUGCAACGACCUACUGAGGGCCUCAGGAGCCACAGACAGUAUUAGGAUAAAAA